AGGACGAGUCUCGAGCCCAGCUAUGGACACCAAUUAGAUGGUUGCACAAGUGGGGUUCGCGUGCUGCUUCCUUCACUUUCCACCUGCAUAUCGAUAAGUCUGCAUGCACGGAUGGCGUUCUUCUGCAGCGCACUCGGUCUGCGGUAACUCCACUCCUCCUCACGGAGGGAUGCCUGCUCCUGAGCAGCCUCCACCCGCAGAGGAGGGACUGCUGCUGACCACUCGGGAGGUCUCUUCCACCUCCUCCCCCUCCUCGGUCUGCCGCAUGGAGCCCCACAGUGUCGCCACGAACAUACUGGCCUCCGUCAAAGAGCAGGAGCUCCAGUUUGAGCGGCUGACUCGGGAGCUGGAGGCCGAGCGACAGAUCGUGGCCAGCCAGCUGGAGCGAUGCAGGCUGGGGUCCGAGUCUCCGGGCGCCGCCAGUGCCAGCUCAUCUGAGAAGUCCUUCCCCUGGAGGUCAGCAGAUGUGUCGACGGCAAGCGAUACCAAACCUCGGGUGACAGACGGUUCCCAGUCGCCGACCUACUGCAUCCGCAGCGAGCUGGAGCAAGUGACCCUGUACUCCCCAGAGCAGACCUCUCUCCAUGAAAGUGAGGGGUCCGGCGGGAACUCGCGCAGCUCCACCCAGAUGAACUCGUACUCGGACAGCGGCUACCAGGACGCCUGCAGCUACUACAGCAGCCAGAACCUGGGCAAGGCCGAGCUGCGGCUGCAGCACUCGUACCCGGGCACCGGCAGCGGGGGCGGCUCUGCGAUCGCUCGCCAUGCUCGGCCUGAGGGCCAGGCUUCCGUUCAGGUGGCCGGCAGUCACUCCACGGCGUCCGGCCGGGCAAUGCGGAGGGUGAGCUCGGUGCCAUCCCGCACACAGUCCCCCGCCUAUGGCAGCAGCGCCUCCCCGUCACGUGGCUCGCUGCGCACACUGCUAGGGAGUGCUUACAGCUCCCCCGUGGCCACCGAGCCCAAGCCGCCAUCAGCCGUCUUCUCCGCCUCCACGCUGCCCGCCUCCCAGCAGCCCUGCUCGCCGGCCUCGCUGCGACGCGUUGGAUCGGCCAGCUCCCGCCCAGGCAGCGCGGGUCGCAACGCCUCACCCUACCGCGCAUCUGGCCACGCGAGCUCCCCUGCCGACGGGCCACCGGCUGCAUCCACGUCACCCUCACCCGUGCGCUCUGGCAUGACAGCCGUGCCCCAACACUAUGGCUCGACUCUGCCCCGCUCGCUAGCGCACGAGUCUGACCCGUUCGGCCAGCGCUCGUACGAUCUCUACGAGAGGAUGGUCCCGCCACGGCCCGACAGCCUCGCAGACGCCCUGGUAGAUGAAAUACAAGGCUUGAGGAGCUCCUACGCCAGCCAGCACAGCCCUAUGGGACAGGAGCUGCGGGCGACCGUGUCCCCCGACCGCCACAUCACGCCCAUCUACGAGGACCGCACCUUCCAGAGCCCCCUUUACCGCAGUCGCAACCACAGCACGGUGGACCUGAACCAUAGCUCCCAGAGCGCCAUCUACAGGACGGGAUCAGGGGUGGGGAACCUGCAGAGGACACUGAGCCAGCGCAGCACCAUGACCUACCACAGAGGCAACUAUGGCGUGAACUCCGCAGCCGCGUACGCGGAGCCCUACCACUCCGGCCCGUACCACUCCACCGAGCCCAGCUAUGGACGGCAAGCGAUCGCUGCAGACGGCGGCGCCACCCGAUCCCCUUCCAUAGACAGCAUACAGAAGGAUCCCAGGGAGUUUGCGUGGCGAGACCCCGAGUUGCCGGAGGUCAUUCAUAUGCUGCAGCACCAGUUUCCCUCGGUGCAGGCCAACGCCGCCGCCUACCUGCAGCACCUGUGCUUCGGGGACAACCGCAUCAAGGCCGAGGUGUGCCGUCUCGGGGGAAUCAAGCAUCUGGUCGACCUCCUGGACCACAAAGUCCUGGAGGUGCAGAGGAACGCCUGCGGAGCGCUGAGGAACCUCGUGUACGGCAAGGCCACAGACGAGAACAAGACCGCCGUGAGGAACGUGGGCGGGGUCCCUGCCCUGCUGCGCCUGCUCAGGAAGACGUCGGAUGCUGAGAUUCGGGAGCUGGUCACAGGGGUGCUGUGGAACCUCUCCUCUUGCGACGCGGUGAAAAUGACAAUCAUCCGGGACGCCUUAAGCACUCUGACCAACACUGUGAUCAUCCCCCACUCGGGGUGGAGCAGCUCGGGAUUCGACGACGAGCACAAGCUCAAGUUCCACUCCUCGCUGGUCCUGCGCAACACCACUGGCUGCCUCAGGAACCUGAGCUCGGCAGGCGAGGAGGCAAGGAAGCAGAUGCGUUGCUGCGAGGGGCUGGUGGACUCCCUGCUCCACGUCAUCAAGGCCUGCGUCAACACCUCUGACUUUGACAGCAAGAUUGUGGAGAACUGCAUUUGCACUCUGAGGAACCUCUCUUACCGCCUGGAGCUGGAGAUGCCCCAGUCCCGCCUGCUGGGGGCGCAGGAGUUGGACGGGCUGCUCGGCAGCGAGUCCCCCAGCAGGGACGUGGAGUCGAGCUGUUGGGGCAGGAAGAAGAAGAAGAAGAAGAAGAGCUCGCAGGACGACCAGUGGGACGGCGUGGGCCCCAUCCCCGGGUUCUCCAAGUCGCCGAAGGGGGCGGAAAUGCUGUGGCACCCAGCCGUGGUGAAGCCCUACCUGACGCUGCUGGCGGAGAGCUCGAACCCGGCCACGCUGGAGGGGUCGGCGGGGUCGCUGCAGAACCUCUCCGCGGGCAACUGGAAGUUUGCAGCCUACAUCCGGGCAGCUGUGCGCAAGGAGAAGGGGCUGCCCAUCCUGGUGGAGCUGCUGCGGAUGGACAACGACAGGGUGGUGUGUUCCGUAGCCACGGCGCUCAGGAACAUGGCCCUGGAUGUCAGGAACAAGGAGCUCAUCGGCAAGUACGCCAUGAGGGACCUGGUGAACCGGCUCCCGGGGGGAAACACCACCCUCCUCUCAGAUGAGACGGUGGCGGCCAUCUGCUGCACCCUGCACGAGGUCACCAGCAAGAACAUGGAAAACGCCAAAGCGCUGGCCGACACCGGAGGCAUCGAGAAGCUGGUCAGCAUCACCAAGGGCAGGGGAGAGAGGUACUCCAUGAAGGUAGUAAAAGCUGCCGCUCAGGUGCUGAACACGCUGUGGCAGUACAGGGACUUGCGAGCCAUCUAUAAAAAGGACGGGUGGAACCAGAACCAUUUCAUCACGCCCGUCUCCACACUGGAGAGGGACAAGUAUAAGUCUCAGCCGGCCCUGCCCUCCAGCACCUUACAGAUGUCACCUGUUAUCCAGUCAGCUGGUAGUGCAACUUCGUCUCCUGCCAUGUUGGGAAUUAAAGAACAUCGCUCAAAUUAUCAAAGAACACAGUCAGCUAUGCAAUUUUAUAAGUACCAAGGGGAUGGCAAUGUAAAUAAAUACCAAUACACAGGGUCUGGGAAGCCGUCGCCGUUUUUUAUCGGAUCCUACUCCUCACCAACGAGAGAGGAACCCAGGCGGGCACAGCACCAGCUGUACUACGCAGACGAGCCCAGCAGGCGCAACCACGACACCUACAGAAUGUACCUGCAGUCUCCGCGAGGCUACGAGGACCCCUACUUCGAGGACGGCGUCCACUUCCCGCCUGCAGCGGACUACUCCUCGUCGCAGCCGCAGGCGCUCAAGUCCACCGCCAACUACGUGGACUUCUACUCGACCACGCGGAGGCCUUCGUACCGGGCGGAGCAGUAUCCAGGGUCCCCCGAUUCCUGGGUAUAGGGGACUCCGCUAUACUAGAGACAGCAUCCUUCCAUCAGCCUCUUGAAAAGCACGCUUGUUUGUAUAAGGGCCAGCCGGUUCAGGUGGAGACGCAGAACGUGAGCCAAAGAAGGAGAACAUGGAAUGUGAUUUUUGUUUAACCAGAAGAAGGAGUCAUGCAGUGUGUGCUGGAUGGUGUGUGACAGCGCUGGAAAGUAGUGAGAACGUCAUUCGUCCGUUUUAUUGUCUGGGGUUUUUUUAUUGUUGUCAUCUUUUUUUAAUCCGUAGAUGUGGUAGCAUGUCGAAGGUGUGGGUGAUGUUGAGAAAAGGUUUGCGGUGGAGAAAAUCAGAUGGCAAUGUGUAUGUAGGAUACUGAUGACUUGAGACUUUGUGUCUCAAAAAAAGAGAAUUUAACUUUUAGUUUGUACUGAGGAAUCAAGGUGGAUUCCUUUCUUGUAUUACGGCUGUACUUGAUAUUGAGAUUGUGUAUCCCCUGGAAUCAUGUACAUUUUCUUCAUUUUAUUGUAAAUACAGAAGAAAAAAAUGCCACUGGGUAUAUGCUCAUCAGCCACGGUAAAAGAAAAAAAAAGGAAAAAAUUGUGCCAUGUCCAACUAUAGAUAUAUAAAUACAGAGAUGAAUUUGAGAAAGAUUUUUAAAAUGCUGGACUCUAGCAAGGAUUUAAAGGUAAUAAAGCCUUUCAAGGUAAUAAAACACUUGUUUUUUAAAUCAGUGGUUUAAGUGCCGCUUUUUUUUUUUUCUGUGACAUUGCAGAGAUAUAUCUUUAUUUUUCCAUGUCCUGUUCUGCACCUCAUGCGGGAUGGUUCACUGCCAUUUUCUAUGCACAUGAAAAGAAAUAAAUGUGAAAGUUUUCGUUCAGAGAGCUUUCCAGCUACUCUUUCUCU